CGGGCCUUUGCUUUCAGAGGCCUCGAGUCUCGCUGAGCCCAGGGAGGUAGAGAGACUCGAGCGGCGAGGCAACCCGGAACGAUUCUUUCGCGGAACCAUUGCGGCGGGGCCGCUAGGAGCGCCCGCAGGGACGGACCGCGGCGGGCCGGGCCAGACUGGCAGGGAUGGCGGCGGCGGCGGCGACGGCAGCGGCUGACGCGGGGCCGGGGAUCGCGGUCCCCGUGGACCUGCGGCGCGAGCGGCGUAUGGUGUGCGUGGAGUACCCAGGCGUGGUGCGCGACGUGUCCAAGAUGCUGCGGACUCUGGGCGGCGAGGAGGGCGUUUCCCGGAUCUACGCAGACCCCACCAAGAGGCUGGAGCUGUACUUCCGGCCCAAGGACCCUUACUGCCACCCAGUGUGCGCCAACCGCUUCAGUACCAGCAGCCUGCUGCUCCGGAUCAGGAGGAAGACCAGGCGGCAGAGGGAGGUGCCGGGGCCUGAGCCCCACCCCGAGGUCACAUUUGACAUAGAGAUACUUGGCACCAUCUCCACCAUUUACAAAUUUCAAGGAAUGUCCGACUUCCAGUACUUGGCCGUGCACACGGAGGCUGGCGGCAGGCACAUGUCCAUGUAUGACAAAGUGCUCAUGCUCAAGCCUGAGAAGGAGAGUUUCUUCCACCAAGAGCUGCCGCUCUACAUCCCCCCACCCAUCUUCUCUCGGCUGGACACCCCAGUGGACUAUUUCUAUCGACCAGAGACACAGCACCGGGAAGGCUACAACAACCCCCCCGUCUCAGGCGAGAACCUGAUCGGCCUGAGCAGGGCCCGGCGCCCCCACAACGCCAUCUUUGUCAACUUUGAGGAUGAUGAGGUGCCCACGCAGCCGCUGGAGGCUGCAGUCCAGACGUGGAGGAGGAUCUCCACCAACCCCAUGGACCGGAGGGUGGAGGAGGAGCUGAGGAAGCUGUUUGAAAUCCGUCCCAUCUGGUCACGAAACGCUGUCAAGGCCAACAUCAGCGUCCACCCUGACAAACUCAAGGUUUUGCUGCCCUUCGUGGCCUAUUACAUGAUAACAGGUCCCUGGAGAAGCCUGUGGAUCCGAUAUGGGUACGAUCCCCGAAAAAACCCAGACGCCAAGAUUUAUCAAGUCCUUGAUUUCCGAAUCCGUUGUGGAAUGAAAUACGGUUAUGCCCCGAGUGACAUGCCUGUCAAGGCCAAGCGCAGCACCUACAACUACAGCCUUCCCAUCACCGUCAAAAAGAUGCCCAGCCAGCUUGUCACCAUGCAUGACCUGAAGCAGGGCCUGGGCCCAUCGGGGAUGGCCAGCACGCGGAAAUCGACCUCCAACAAGUACAAGCUCAAGGACUCGGUCUACGUCUUCCGGGAGGGGGCCUUGCCACCCUAUCGACAGAUGUUCUACCAGUUAUGUGACUUGAACGUGGAAGAGUUGCAGAGGAUCAUUCACCGCAAUGAUGGGGCUGAGAACUGCUGCACGGAGCGAGAUGGCUGGUGCCUCCCCAAGACCAGUGAUGAUCUGAGGGACACAAUGUCCCUCAUGAUCCGGCAGACCAUCCGCUCCAAGAGGCCUGCUCUCUUCUCCAGCCCGGCCAAGGCCGACAGGGGGCAAGAGCCCUUGACAUAUGAGUCGGGGGCCGAGGAGGAGGAGGAGGAAGAGGAGGAGGAGGACUUCAAGCCGUCUGAUGGCAGCGACAACGAGAUGGAGACGGAGAUUCUGGACUACGUGUGACACGGCCCUGCCCCCAAGCCUGGGCGUCCUUGAUCGUGCAGGACUGGCGAUGGAACCGGGACAAGCCGUGUCUCCCCAUCGCUGCCCACGGUAACCAGAGCGGCCCGAGGAGCCACCCCCCCCGCCCCCCCCUCCCCCACCGCCACCGCCACUGCCACCGAGGAAAGCUGGGCUCCCAGCACCGGGUGCAGCUGACCCUGGUCCUGCCCGUCCGCCCGUGACGCCUGCUGCGCAGGACUGCCCUCCGGCCCUGGGUGCUUGGGGACAUCCCCAGAGGGUGUGACCCGGUUUUUCGCAGCCGUGAGCCAGCCCAGUGUCCAGCAGGAUGAGCCGGGGCCCAGCACCUCUCUCUGGCCGAGGACAGCAGGAGCUGGAGGUGGGGAGGAUGUGGCCGGGGGCGGGGUGGUCUCACCUUGGAGCUGAUGACUGGUGGCAGUGAUGACUGGUGACCAGCGAGGAAGCUGGCCCGUGGUCACAGACGGGCAAAGACUGUCUUUGGGUUUGGAUCCCAUCCAUUUGGGACCCAGCUGGAGUUGUUCUUACCAAAUACACUUUUCCA